CUUAUCCCGGCGGCCGCGGCCGGGCUCAGCUGGCCAGGCGGGGGCGGCCGGCGCCGCGGGAGGGAAGGCACCGGCGAAGCCCUCUCCGACUUCGUUAACUUCUUCCCACAAGGGCCUGGCAGUCAGCGCUGCUCACACAGGGCAGUCUGUGCGAGACAGCGGCCGGCUGUGGGGGAAAGGCGCAUGCAAGAACGGUUCGGGAAGGGAAAGGCUUGGCAGGACAGGGGCGAGGAGAGGGAAGAAGAGGAGAAGGAGGCUGCGGUAACAGAUGAAGCUCAGGGAUAAGCCGCGGUGAAGGAUUUUGCCCUUCCAGAGGCACAGCUGAUGAGGCGACCGCCGCCUUUCGGCCCCUUAACCGGCGCCAUCCGGUUCAAACCGUUGCUGCCGCUGCUGCCGGGGCCGUUCGGCGGAGCUGAGGGCCACGAACGCUGCCGGCUCCGCCUCUGGCCCUAGCAGGGCUGGGGCCUGCCUGUACGGAAGAACAUGCUUGAAGAACUCUUGAUUCAUGAGCCAGAGGAUCCCAUUCAGUUUAUGAUCGACCAUUUAAAGCAGAACAAUGAUGAUGCUCCAAGGAUUUGUGUUCUUGGUCCACCUGCUUCUGGGAAAACUACAGUUGCACUGUGGCUUUGUAAACACUUGAAUGCUGUACGCAUCUCUCAGGAGACUUUGUUAUUCAAGGAAGUAUUAGCACUGACAAAAGAAGCAAAGGCAUAUAAGGAAAGAAAAGAGAAAAUUCCCAAUGCUCUUUGGGCCAAUCUGAUCCAGGAACGUCUGUCAAACGUGGACUGCAUCAAACAAGGAUGGAUCUUGGAAGGCUUCCCUGAAAAUCAGGAGCAGGCAUGGAUGCUGCAGUCAUCUGGCAUCAUUCCUAGGCAUGUUGUUGUGCUUUAUGCUCCAGACACUGUGCUGAUCGAGAGGAACACUGGCAAAAGGCUUGAUCCUGUCACCAGAGAGGUGUACCACACAACCUUUGGCUGGCCAAGUGACCCGGUGGUGCAGCAGCGUUUGGUGGAGCCAGAUCUGUCUGAACAGGAGAUGGCCAAGAAACUGCUGGAAUAUCACAGAAGUUUCCCUGACAUUUUCCAGAUCUACCACCAGGUUUUGAAAUCCAUCAAUGCAGAUCAGCCUUCCGUGGAUGUCCUCUCACAGGCUCUUACCUAUGUCCAAACACGGCCCCGAUCAGCUGCCCCCUUCACACCGCGCAUCCUCUUUUGUGGACCCCCAGGCAGUGGGAAGAGCCUGCAGGCAGCACUCAUAGCUCAGAAAUACGGAGUUGUCAACAUUUGCUGUGGGCAACUGCUAAAGGAAGCUGUUGCAGAGAAGACAAAACUUGGAGACCUCAUUAAGCCUUAUGUCGACAGUGGAUACCCAGUCCCAGACAAGCUGGUUAUGAAGGUGCUGGCAGGACGCCUGAGCUCACUGGACUGCAUGACCAAUGGCUGGGUGCUUUCUGGCUUCCCAAGAGACGUAGAGCAAGGAGAGCAGCUGCAAAAAGCACAUCUUACACCAAACAGGGUCUUCUUCUUCCACCUGCCCUAUGAAUCCAUCCUGGAGCGCCUGUCUCAGCGGAGGACUGAUCCUGUCACUGGGGAAAGGUACCACACCAUGUUCAGACCAGCCCCCACCCCAGAGAUCCAAGCCCGGCUCAGGCAGCACCCAAGGGACACGGCAGAGAGCAUCGAGAGGCGCGUGGAAGCCUACUCCAGGAACGUCAAACUGCUGGAGGACUUCUAUCCAGAUGCCUUUUAUGUCAAUGCUGACCAAGACCCUCAGGUUAUCUUUGAGUUCAUAGAGAGCUGCAUCAUUAAGCCCCUGCCACGCAGACAAUUAACUCCCUUGUAAUUGCUAGGAGCUGAUUUUAACCUUCUCCCUGGAGCGCUUGCAGUGGGGUCCCUGCAUUGAGAGGCUCUCUGAAGGUUUCAGCCAAGCUGUGUUCAACCUGAAGCUCACCAAGGCAGGGUGAAGUGCAGGGAGCAAGGCAUUGUGCUGUGUUCCAGCGUUCAGUGGUCCCAGGUGUGAAGCCCUGUGGCUAGGGAAGUUGCUGUGGUUCGUUCCAACACCUUUUCCUGACCCUGUGAUUCAGUGAGCAGUGGUUUUGUCUCACCUGUGUCAUGCCCACGAAGCCAAACUGUAGCAUUAAAGCUAUGAGAUGUG